AUGAAUUUUAAAAAGCUUGAUACAUAAAUUCAUAAAAUACACAAAACAACAAAUGUAAAACGCGAAUUCAACAAAAUAACAAUGACGGAGUCUGAAAGGAAAUCAAUAUUACAUGAGCUGUAUGUGUUUUCAGAAUGGAAACCAGAACCAGAGUAUAUGCAAAAACCGGAUAAUAUAUUACCAGACAAUAUAUCAGCACUAUGGAGAUGGUUAAGGUUCUUUGGACCCAAGAAAAACCUCAUCGACAGCGUAACAGCCUUCAAAGAAAGGCAACAGAAAUGGCAAAUCGCCUUGGGUGAUGAAGGCAAAGUGAUUGCGGUACUCACCGACAACAUCCUGGAGAUCAGGACAAAGCGCUCGGAAUAUGCCACAAUAGCUGCUAGAACUACAGUAAGUCGUGAUGCAUACCCUCAAUGGAGAAAAAUUGUAUGGAGCCCAGACUGUUCCUUUCUUGUUAUGGCUUAUGGAAAUGGUGUUGUCAGUUUCUUUGACCUCACUGCAUCCAAUCUCUACAAUAUUCCUGCUGACUGUUCUAAACCUGGUGGAUUAGAAUGUACAGAUAACACUCAUGCAGUUGCAGAUAUUAUAUUCAUGCCUUUGAGAGUCAAGGAUACUAAAUGGAACUGGGAGGUGGUAGUGGUGACGUACGACGGUCGCCUGCGCGGCUACCUGGUGUCGGCGACAGAUUACGCGCCGCACCACACGUUCCGCUUCCCUGGGGGCGUGGCCGCCGCCGCGUACGUGCGCCCGCACGACACGCUCUACGUCGCCGGCGUGCCGCGUGCGCCAUACAUGGAGGCGACAUCUCCUCUGGCGGCAGGUUUGACUGCGUGGCGAGUUCUCAACGAUGAACCAUACUACCAGCUGUCUGUAGUCUCGUCCGAGCUCGAGGCCAAACUAGCCGGGGAUUCCCUUCAGCUGUACCUGCCGUAUGUCUUCCAUAAGAGUCUGAAUUUCAUAGUCCGCAUGGUGGCGUCCCCUGACCGCAACAAGCUGGCGUGCGUGCACUGCGACGGCGGCGUGUCGGUGUGGACGCUGCCAGGGCUGCGCGCGCGCGUGCACCGCCUUCGCGACCAGCCCGAGCACGACGCGCGCAACCCGCUCGCCGACACGCCCCCCAACGCCUACCUGCCCGCUGACAUUAACUGGUGGAGCGACGAGGAGGUAAUAGUGUCGCGGUUCAGCGGUGCGGUGACGAUAUGCGGCGUGGACGACAUGGUCAACGUGCUCGGGAAGAAGCCGGAGUUCUUCCAGGGAACGCCACAGGUGACGUGCGCGCACGGUGGCGCGUUCAUGGCGCUGGAGUGCGAGUCGAGCGUGCUGCCCGCGCGCCGUCGCACUGACGACUCGAUGGAGGUAGUAAAAGCGGAAGCUGAGACUGAUGACUCUAUGAUGGACGUCACCAAGGAGUUGUUCAAGGCAGUUCUGUUCGCCAUAACAGACAUGGAGAGUUUCCAGCCCAAGCCGAAACGGAUCACGGUGGUGGCUCGAGUCUAUCGUUUGCUCGGAGUUAAGAGCACGACUCCCACUGAACUGUUUUCUAGGAAGAUCGAGAGCGGUCAGUACGCGGCGGCGCUGGCGUUGGCAGAGGCGUGCGGGCUGGACCCGGACCCCGUGUAUCAACAGCAGUGGCGUCGCACGCCCGUAUCUACGGACGCCAUACACAAUUACCUGAGUAAAGUAUCUAAGAAGAUCUGGGCAGUGCACCAGUGCGUGGACCGGCUGCCGGAGAGCCUGCCCGCCGCCACAGAGCUGCUGCAAUUCGGCCUCGAUCUCACAAACCAGAACAUCCUCGACGAAAUAAACAAAGAUCUGCCGGAAGACGAGUGGAAAUCCUUCGACGAUAUACGCCUGGAGGACCUGAACGCGUAUACCAGCGAGCUGUUGCGCUGCCGACACGUCAUGCUAUUUUACAGGGAACGGCUGCGCCUGUACGAGGCCAUACUCCGAUGCGAGAAGUCGACGUACAUGAAAGAUGAAUACGACCGCCUCAGAAGCAACAGCAUACUGUACAGUGCUAUGGAGAUAGCCAAAGAGGGCAGAAUAGAGGCCUUGACUUGUCUAUGGUCGUACCUCAAGACUUUGUCUAUGAAAUUGUCAGUGCUCGACCAUUUGCCAGAGACACUCAAUCCUCUGGAGUACCAGCAUCUGCUGCCGACCAAGGAACCGCAGGCUUGGUUCGAGAAGACAUCGCCCAUAAAGGUCAAACCGUUGGAACACGAAAACGAUUGGUGUAAAAAGGAAAUCUUUAGAUCUAUCUGGAGCUCGAACUGGUCGGAGGACGCGGUGGAGGAGGCGGGGGGUGCGGUGGAGGAGUCUGACGAGGCGGAGCUGUGGUACGCGCGCCGCGCCCGUGAAAUAGAGGUGCGGUGCGGGCUCGCGUCGCACGCGCUCACGCUAGUCAGCUUAGCGGCCUUGCCCGAGGACGGGGAGGGGCCGCGCGCCCCGCCCUCGCCACUGGCUACGGUGCGGUUCCACCUGCGAACGCUGGACACGUUGUUGUACGAUGUGGGCGUGGAGGGCGUGUCACUCGCACAGCUUGAGACGCUCUCGCACCUCGACACCUGCAAGUUACUCAUGCAGAUGUCAACAGCGGAUACGUUCGUAGCUGAUCUCAAGCGGUUCGUGAUCCCGUUCUUGAAGCGAGUGGAGAAGAUGACGGGGCGCGAGGGGGUGUGUCUCACGGGCCUCGCCGACCUGCUCGAGAGCUACAGCCGCGACGACCUGUCCAAUAUACUGUUGGUAUUGCAGUCGCGGUCGUUCGAGCUGGAGCUGGCGACUCGCCUGGAGCUGGCGGAGCGCUGCCUGCUGGCGUACCGCGGCACCGAGCACCUGCACAUGGCCUGCGACCUGCUCGCCACUAUACUGCGGGAGACCGACGGCAGCAUAUCAGCAUCGUCGCUUGUGCGUCGCGCGACCGCGUUAGAGCGUCUAGUGGCGGGUUGCGAGCGUGCGGCGCGGCGCGGCGUGGCGGUCACACCGUGCGACCUGCGCGACUUGGCGGCGGACACACCCCGCGCGCGUGCACUCCUCGCCCGCUUGGCGCGCUCACUGGCUGCCGAUUGUGCCGGGGAUCACAAGCCAACGCCAGAUGACUGGGAGGAGCUACUGCAGGACAUUCUAGAAUUCCAGUCGACGCUAUUCGAAGAUGUCACGAAGGAGGAGUGCUAUGAAAUCUACGCGCUCGCUCUACUCACGUCGGGUGACGCGGCGAGCAUCCGUCUCGCUGCGAACGUGUUGACGUGCGCGCCCGCAGGCCCCGCCCCUCGUCCUCCCGCGCGGGGACCCCCCGCCCCGCGUGCUCCCCCUGCACGAGGACCCCCUGUACAAGGACCACCCGCGCGUGCUCCCCCCGCGCCGCCAGCGCACGUUCUGCCGUACGCUCGCAGUACGGAACUAGUAACGAAUGCUGCAAAAGAGUACUUCAACUCCGCUUCGUCUCUCACCGACCCAGCUUUGGAACUUGCGAAGUGUUGCUUGCAGCUGAUAGAGAGCGGAAACAGGGAAAUAGAACAAGAAAUAGACUUGAUCGCCGCGCUACCUAUACUUAGCGCGUUCAACUUAACCAUACUUCCUAUUCAAGUCCGCCUGUGUGAAGACAAGCUGUCCCUAAUCCGCGAGUGCUUGCGGCUGGAUUCGGGCGCCUACCUCGCUGCGCAUAAGCUGCUCAAGCUGGCCAAGCUGUUGCGCAUCGCGGGGGAUGACGAGCAGACUAGAGAGGGCGUAGUCCUAGAGCUGGUAUGCGAGCACGCACUGAACGCGGGGGUAGCGGGCGGGGCAGCGGCGGCGGCUGCUGGGAGGCGCCUCGCCGCGCUCCGUCACGCUCCCGCCGCGGCGCUACUCGCCCGUACCGCCGCGCACGCACCCACGCACGCGCACGCAGACCGCACCGCACGGGCGCAUCUACUCGCAGCGGCGCUGACACACGCCCCGCCCCAUAUGCUGCAGGAUAUGCUGCGGGAUAGGUUAAAAUUGGAGCUAGAAGAUGUGCAGCAAAUGUCAGCGGCUGUCAAGGAACACGCGCGUGUCGCGACGCGCUGGCCAUCGACGGACGAUGAAUUUUCCGACGCGAUUACUACGCCUGUUAUCGAGAAAAAAGAUUUGGUGGAGCCGCAACGUGACAAGAAACUUCCCUUGUUGAACUAUUUGCUGGAUUCCAUUCAGAACAAAUUCGCUACUGGAGAAACCAAACCGGACCCCGAGCCUUGCGGCGAGGAUGUCUGCUGCCCGGAGUUCUACCGUGGUAUAUAUGACGUGCGCGCGGGCCCGCAGUACGCGUACGAGCGGUUCGCGCCGCCGGCCCCGCCCAAGCGCCCGCACCACGCCUACUACGUACACGACUGUUUGUACAGUGACGCCGCACAUCUCGAGUUAGAUGUGGUACAGCGAUGCGCAGAAGAGACAGUGCACGUUGACACAGCUACAAGUGUGGCGUGGUCGCUGCGUGCGGCGCGGGAGGGGGCGGGCGGGGCGGCGCGCACGCCGGCCGCACUGAGCGCCGCGCUCUACGCCGCACUCAUACACUGCAACGCGCCGGAGCUACGCGAUAACGUGUACCUCACUAAGCCGCUUCAGAUGGCGCACAAGACGCUCGCGGAGAACAACGCGUCGGGGUCACAGAUGUCGCUGAUGCGGUCGUGGCUGCGGCGGCUGGCGGACGCGGGCGCGUUGCGGCGCGUGCGCGCGGCGGGCGUGCCCGUCAACGCGCCACUCUUCGCUGCUGAUCCGGACUACCGUGUGCAGGCUAUACAUAGCCUCGCUAGGACGUGUAAGAAAGAGAAUGUGGAUAUAUCUAUCUCACUCGCGCGCAAGUACUCUCUGGACCCAAUAGAGGCGUGGCUGCAGUACGCCGGCGCGCUGACCGACCUCACGCAGCUCGACCCGCAAACAUUGCCCGACGACUGCCCGCCCGGCGCCGCUGAAAGAGUGGCGACAGCACUUUGGCCCGCCGUAAGCGGCACGCAGCACGCGGCACUUAUCGCGCUGUUUACGGCGCUGAAGCAGAUCGACGACAAGCUGCAAUGGCACGGCCUCACACCGACAGAACACAUCAAACUGCUGAAGAAGGCUAAAGCGGCAUCGCAAGAUCUGGACUACAAGCUGCUAGUCGAGCGCGGCGGUGCGGAAGACGCGGAAGUGCGGGAACACGCCGCGCGCAUCAUGCGGCCCGACAGCGCGGCGCUGCUAGGCAAGCUGUUGCGCGCGCUGCCGCCGCCGCUCCGCCCCGCGCGCACGCACCAGCUGUACGCCGACUGGCUGCGACACUACCUGUUUAGUACACCGCUCUCUGGCGGCAGCAAGAAGUGGAUGCAGCAGUACCGGCAGUGCGCGAGCUUCUUCAACAAGCUGCGGCCAGCGGAUCUGCUCACGUUCCUAGAGGCCGCCUGCUUCUCGCACGAAGCCCUCGCACGCGUGCCGUCCAACACCCGCAGCGUGAUGCUGCUGCAGGCGGUGGACUACUGUCAGCAGGAGCACGAGGCUGAUCUCAAGGUCAACAAAGGGGAGCUGACGUGGUCGGCGGCGGGUCAGGAGUUGAGUCGCUGGGCGCGCUUCCUGGACAACUAUCACAGCGACGCCGUACGCACACUUAUAGAGAACAGCGACGCGCCGCAUGGCGACGCCUGGACCGAGCUAGAGAUGAGUCACGGGUGCGGCGCGGCGUGCACGCGCGCGGCGGGCGCGCUCGUGGUAUGCGGGCUGCGCGCCGGCUCGCUCGCCUCGCUCGUCCGCUGUCUCCAGCUGCAGACAGACGCGCUCGCCGUGUUCGCCCACUUGCUGCGGAACGCGCAGACUACAGAAGAGGUCCAAACGAUCGUCACCCGUCUCACACAGUACCACAAAGAUGGCGUUCAAUUUCCUGAAGAACUCCUCGAGGAGGCGAUGGAGGUGGCGACUGCCCACAGUCUCCCGCCGCACCGCCAGCUCGGCCUGCUGGCCCUCAGCCAGAAGACCAGGCUGGAUGAUGAUGACGGCAAGGUGGCGCAGUCCACGCUGCAGCUGUUCCAGAGUGAAUGGCCCGAUGAUGAAUACAUGAUGGGAUUGACGACGGAGUCUCUCAGCUCUGCCGAGGGGCGGUGCGGCGCGUACGAGCGAGCGCGCGACGCCGCCGACUCGCCCGCGCGACGCCUGGCGCUCGCGCACGCGUUACGCUGCUGGCCGCGGACUAUGCUUGGUGAGCGCAGCGUGUGCUGCGACUACGUGCGGUGUGUGGCGGGGCGCACGGGCGCGGAGGGCGUGCUGCUCGCCAAGCUGCUGCUGCAGCGACCGGUGCUGCUGGACGAGGAGGUGGAAUGGCUGGCUGUCGAUGACUCGCUAGAAGUAAUUCUAUUGGUGUGGGUCGUGGUGCUUAGUAAAUGCGAGCGCGCUGCACAAAUACUGCGCGAGUUGCUAACAAGGCGACAGCCUGAUAUAACCAUAUGCAAGGAAAUCGACGACGAACUGAUCAAGGAAAUACUCGACCAAGGAAUGUUCAUAAAGCUAGUCUCGACCCCGUUAUACAUGUAUAUUAUUAAUUACAUAAUGAGCUCAGAAGCCACCAAUGAUGAUGUUUCAAAGAAGUACACGGUGCGUUGGGCUACAGGCGAGUUGGUUAAAGGCAAAUAUCUGGCCGAAGCGGGCCAUCUACAGCUCAUGGCAGCAGGGGUACCAAACCCACUCAGAGGUUUUAGUCAAUCUGUGCAAUAUUGCAGGAAUAUGGUUAAGUAAAUUGUAAUAAUCUAAUUCGAUUAUAUUAUGUGUAUGUUGAAUUUAUUUAUUAAUAGUAAUAUAAUAUG